AUGUCUCUCCUCCCGGUGGAGGCGCCACCGCACGGCCCCUUGGCGCGGCCGGCAGCCCUCCCCCGAGGAGCGACCCCCAGACACCCCCCACAAGCUCGCUCAUCGACACCACACGCGACAGCUGAACGCAUCAUCCGCCCACAGCUGGCCCCCAUUUCCCCUCUCCUCUCAAGGUACUGUGACGCCAGUCGCCGCCGUCGGGCAUCAGGCGGCGAUUCCGCGCGGUGCCUCUUCACGGGCAUCGUCCAAGGCAGGGCGCGCGUGCGGGCCGUGGAUCGGCGGGAGGGCCUCACGUCACUGGUGGUCGAGCUGCCCGAGGGCGGGGCGGCGGGCCUCAAGGUGGGCGCCAGCGUGGCGAUCGACGGCACGUGCCUGACGGCCACGGGCGUGGUGGGGAGGGAGGUGGCAUUCGACGUGGUGGGCGAGACGCUGAGGAGGACGGGGCUGGGGAAGCUGAGGGAGGGUAGCCUUGUGAACUACGAGAGGUCUGCUCGGGUUGGUGAUGAGGUCGGGGGCCACAAUACCUCAGGCCACAUCCACACCACAGCACAGAUCGCCUCGAUCGAGUCAACAGCAGACAACUGCCGCAUGCUGGUGCAAGUUGGGAGCGAGUGGCUUAAAUACAUCCUACCGAAAGGCUUCAUAGCCCUGGAUGGUGUGAGCCUCACGGUGGGGGAGGUGCUCCCAGACGCCUUUUCUGUGUACCUCAUCCCUGAAACCUUGAGGGUGACGACCCUCGGUGACAAGGUGGUUGGGGACUCCCUGAAUGUGGAGAUCGAGUCACAGACGCAGGUGAUUGUGGACACAGUGGAGCGCACAGUCGCAAGAUAUUUUCAGGAGGGCGGCAAAGGUGCCAGCAAGUCAGGAACCUUCAAUGGGCCCGGAAGCUGA